UAUUUUCAACAUGACAGCAGUUCCUGCCGUCGCCACCACCGCCUUGACAGCACAUCCGAUCUACGAAACGUAUGCUGAGCUGCUGGGAGAUGCAGUUGUGGUGUCGCUACAUUCACUAGCAUUCCUACGUGGUGCCUUGUUCGGCAUCGACCCUGAAAAUGGAAAUGUCAUCUUGUUGGAGUGGUUACCCGACGAGAACGACAAGGCCGUGCGAACGCACACGGUAAUGGCGCACGCAAUUGCGUCGAUCGAACGCGACACAGACGAGAGCUCGACAGCUGUCUCGACCAUUCGUCUCCGUUUGGCGGCUACGAUGCAAUUGAGUCAUGCUAGUCAAACCCUGGAAUCCCUGCGGCAGCACCUGGAACAGCAUUGCAUCGAGGCAUCGAUUGAUGCCACGACAAACGAAUUGAUUGUGUUUGGCGGGGCUGCGACCAUCGCACCGCCGUAUGACGAGUUUUCUGUGUGCGCAAAGAACGAUUUGGUGUUGCAACGCCUGACAAGCCUUCUCCGUCUGUGUAAUCCAUGACAUAUUCCUGUCGAUCUUUCCCAAGCACACACACGUCUUCGCUUCAUGCGCUCGUUAGCGUCGGACAUUGCCACCUCAUGUGCACUGGUCUAGCCCUCACACAUGCAUGGCUUAUCCACAAUUUGGUUGGCGCCCUUGUCCCAGAUAAGCCAAAUCCCG